CUUUUCUCAAAUAAUAUUUUACUGCAGCCAUGUUGGAGCAGUCGUGUAUAGGACGCGGCGUGCGUUUCGAUGUACCUUUGCCUCUUAAGUUUUUUAAUUUAAUUAUACUCAUUAUAUUUUAUAUCGAUACUUCGGCAUAUAAGAAACAAUUAAUUUUGCUUUUAAUAAAGAAAAUGUGAGACUGAGAAACGUUUUAUCGACAUACUCGUAUUCUAAGUGUUCAUUCGUUCGAAUUGGAGGUUAUAAACUCUCGCGUGUUGCCGUUGACGAACGCGCGCGAUUAAUAAAUUUUAAGAGAAAAGAAAAAAAAAAUAAAAAAAAAAAAAGAAAAAAAAAAGAAAAAGAUGAAUUUCUCUGGAAAUAAUAUUAUUCAAGGCACAUUGCCUCAAUUUUCCGAGCUAACAUCGCGAUCGAAUUCUACUUCUAACGUUGAAUUUAAUCAUAACGGAAGCAACAGUAGCAGUGCAUUAGAAUUACCAACGGUUCAAAAUUCUAUUUACACUACGGUCGCAGGUUCGAAUCAGAAUAAACAGCAAUUUCUUGUAAACUCACAGAAUAAAUACCCUGGAUCUUUAUUUACUUGGCCGGAUUCUAAUACUCUUAUGCAGCUGUGCGAGAAACAGGGUAUACAAGCAAUCAACAUUCCUAAUUAUAAUCAGUGCAAUCCUUCUUCGAUAAUCAACGUCCAAUCAAAUACUCUCCCAGUAAGGAUUAUACCUAAUGUGUACUUACCUUCGACGUCUCAAAUAGAUACUCAAAAGGAAGAGAAUAAGACUGACAAUGAUACGAGAAAUUCUGAUGAGCAACAAGCUGCUCAAUUGGUACAAGGUUCUAAUAUGACCGAAUAUCUUCAAAAGUUGCAAGCUACGACACUGCCAUUAACAUUACAACAAUUAAUAAAAUUACAAACUGAACAAAUUAAGAAAGAUAAGACGGAGGAAGAGAAAUCUGAACAUAAUCAAAACAAUAUUUUAAACAUUCCUAGCGUAUCGGUAUUUAGAAAUUCACAGACACAAAAUGGAAAUAAUUUUAUGAAUUCCGAACAUAUGAUGAUAACAUUGAAUCCUAAUGAUUUUAACGUACAUUUGCUAUCGAAUCAACAAGAUAAUGAUAAUAAUGGGCAGAUAGUAAAAGUAGAGCAACAGGUACAAACGGAUUCGCCGAAAGUUGAAAAGAAAAUGAAAUUUCGGGCAAAAACCGGAGAGAUCAAGAUCAGCGUUGCUUUAGACGGUUCAAGAGUUUAUUGCUGUCCAGAGUGCAAUUUAGUUUUUCCUGAAAAAUCCGAGAUAGAUCAGCAUAUACAAGCACACAUACAGGAACGAAAAUAUCAGUGCAAGGAGUGCGGAGCGAUGUUAAAAAGAAAAGAGCAUUUGGAUCAGCAUAUGCGAGGUCAUUCCGACGAAAGACCAUAUAAAUGUCCUGUGUGUGAGAAAGCUUUCAAAAGGAAUGAACAUUUGACGAGACAUUACGUUAUUCAUUCCGGUGAUAAAAAUUUUUCUUGUACCGUAUGUCAAAAGGCUUUUUCACGAAAGGACCAUUUGAAUAAACACACUCAAACACAUUUGGGCAUUAAAAAGAGUAAAAGCAAGAAGGAUCUAUUUUUUAUAGAACAGAAAGAACCCUUUGAUAAAGCCGUUGAAUUAUCAACAAUGCCUAAGCAACAAGAAGUUGUCAUAAAAGAUGAUUCCAUUAAACAGGAAACUGAUUUUCUUCAUCAUCUUCAUAAUCUUCAGAAAGAUCAAGUUCUAUCGAAUACUUUCUCGUCGUUUAAAGAACAAUCCUUAAAAGAAGUAACGACACUUCAGCAACCGCUUGUGAACAUGAACGAAGUCUUGCCGCAAAAUACAAGUGAUACCGGCUAUCAUCGUUAUUAAUUAUUAGAAAUUUACUCGAUCAAUCUGCCAUUAGGAUGUGUUCUGAUAUAAAUGGAGUACCAUCGCAAGUACACAAUUAAUCUGUACAUAGACAUAAUUUAUUAUGCGUUAUUGAGAAAAAAAAAAAAAAAAAAAAAAAAAUAGUUUGAUAGUAUAGUUCAGCGUUUCAAAUCUGAUCUCCUCGAUUAAACGUCCUUAGACAUUAAUGUAAUCAAUCGUAUAAACAAUUUAAAAGACAUUCGCCGGCCAUUGAUCGAAUUACUCAAUCCAUUUAAAAUUAGUCAUAUAAGAUAUAAUUUUCAAAUAUUAUUCUAAUAACAUUUCCUGUCAUUUAUUACAACUUUAUGAAGGCUGAUUAUUGCAUAAUGAUUGUUUAUAUGAACGAAUCUCUCACAAUAGGCAAAUACGAUUCUCGAUUAAUUAAUUAUUAUGAAAUUAUGGAUAUAUAUGUUUACGAACAUAUUUUCUUAUAGAUCAUUAUAGAUCCAUUUAUACAGGUAUUUAAAUCAUCGACAUAGAUUUUCUAUUAUUUAUUCCGAAAGAAAAAUAAAUUUCAUUAUAAAUAGAUUUUGGGGGAUGGGAGGGAGCGAAAGAGAGAGAGAGAGAGUGAUAAGGGGAAAAGAGGGAGGGGGGAGAGAGAGAGAGAAUGAAGAUUUUUAAUAAGAUUAUAUAUACGUAUGCAUACAUGUUUCUAUUUUGGAAAAUUUUUUAAUCUGAGAAUCAAAAGUAUUUGCAUAUGCGGUACAUUGAAAUUGGGCACGUAUAAUCGUAAUAAUCCCUUAUCGAUUAAGAGACACUUUGGAGAAUAAAUAUUGUAAUCUAGAAGAAUUAUAAUUGAGAACUCAGUAGAAAAAAAAAAAAAAAAGAAAAGAAAAAAGAA